GGGACAAGGUAAGAGGGAGAGGCAGAGGGAGAGAGAUGCUGUACCUGUGCACGCUCACCUGAGGAGAGGAAAAAGAUUCCACAGAAACACAAAGAGAGGAGAUAGAAAGUUUGUAAGCAUGGUGAGACAGUGUCGCAUGUGAGAGAGUCCCCUUUCAGCCAGCACACUGUGAACAAGGUCGAUCCUCCAGUCUCUGUUGGUGCCAUGGCUGACUCAAGCUGGUGGAGGCUGACCUUCUCACGCAAGAAGAAGUCUGAAUCCAAGGUUCUGUAUGAAAUCCCAGCAGAGCAUGGCAGUAACACUGGGAACAAAGACCACCCGAGUAGUAACGGCUCUCCAGAACUGGACAGCCAGUUGAAUGCCAAACUGGAGAAAAUCGUCGAUAAAUCUGCCACCAAAGGACGCCACGUCAAGGUCUCCAACUCCGGCCGCUACAAGGAGAAGAAGAGGGUCCGCGCCACGCUGGCUGAGAACCCAAAUCUGUUUGCAGACAACAACCUCAGUCAAGAGAAUCAUAAAAAGAAGACAGAGAAAUAGCACAGAAAAUGCACAUACUUGAUCAGUAAUGUGUCAUAUACACAUAAGAAGCUUCAAAGAUGGCUUGAAUGUAUGCAAACACCACCAUGUUGUCCUACGUGUACUACUACUGUGCUACUAUUCACCACACACAGGUAAACACAAGAAAAAAAGACACUUAAAUAAACAACGAGGUGUCAAAAUUUAAACAUCCACCCGGCAGACGGGAAGUAAACACAGUCCUGGACACAUUUUUCUCCAGAUUUUCUGUCUUUUAACUUUUAUAUUUACUUCCUUGUGCUCACGCUGUUGUUUUAUAUUUUCAAAAAUGACAUGAAGGAAAAUUUGGGGAAUUCUCGCCUCAUGAUUCAAAUGUAACAUUGCUGUCAUUUAAGUUGUCAUUUUUUAAUGUUGUAGAUGUAGUGCUAUGUUUCAGGUUUUUAUGUUUUGUCAAAUGUCAAAGGAAAUUUUUAUUACAUUUUUAUGACCAAAGACUUGACGUCACUGAUUACAUCUGAAACAUUAUGGUGGAUGCUUUAAAAUAUAAAGGCCCCCAAAAGUAUCAAGUCAUCAUCAAAAAGACUUGAAUUUCUCAGCUCUAAGAAACAAAAUGUUAAAGUAAAUUAUAUGUAUUUAUUUAUAUAUCUAUAUACACUUGUCAAGUAAAAUAGCCCCAAACAGGGAAGGACAAACAUCUUUCGUCCAUCCUUGUUUCCACAUGUUCUUAAAUGAAAAUUAUAGAUUGUAUAUAAAAGAUUAAUGUAACCAUUAACGAUCACCAUGUUGAUCUUGUCAUCCAAACAUGCAACAAUGUCAACUUUUUCUCGAGGCAACAGUCAGUUUGACAACAUAUUUUGCAGCCACAAAUAUUAAACGUUUACUCGUGAGGAAUACAUGUGCAAAUUACAGCUCUCAUUGUCAUGAAUUCUAAGUUGACACCCUGAAAAAUGCUCUCAUGUUUCACAUAUGAAAACAUCUAAAUUCACGUUGGUUUCCUUGGAGGUAGAAGUUGGAUAAGAGGGUGGAGUUCUAAAUUAUCAGCUAGCCCUAGAAAGCCUGAUUAGAUAGGUGCAGUCAUAAACCGCAGAGUUUCGAUAAUUUUCAGUAUCGGUCAGUACAGCUGAUCACACAGGAAAAAAAGUGUCAGAAAUUCCUUUAAAAUGCUGUAAAAGACACCAACAUGGUUUAGAUGUUUUGAAAUGUACAUGGCAAGCUAUAGUUGCCUAUAUCGAUGUCUGUCACUCCAGCCACAACCGUAAUAAUGCAAGCUUUAAGCCUUAAUAUGCUUUAAAAAAGUCAGUUCUUUAAAAGAAAAUCAUCCCCUCAUAGUUGUUGUUAAGGGGGAAAUUAGCUACAGGGACAAAAUUCAAGCUGUAAAUUCAGACUAACUCAUUUCUGGAGCCAGGCUUUUAGAGGAACUGUAGGUUUUGGCUUUGUUUUUCGAGCCUGGAGGUUGCCCCGGGUGACCGCAGUACAGUUUAUGGAUACAAUCAUAUCAGAAAACAUGACUUGGGUAUGCUAAUUGUGCUUUUGUACGAAUCAAAUAUCUGUUUAUGUCAUUGUGAAUUAACUUCAUGCUGUUUUGUUGGUUUAACUGUCCAAAUAACUCCUGCAGCCAUUGCAUGUGACACAUCAACAACAAGAAAUGCUGUCUGUAAUUUUUUU